AUGGCAGGUUCCUCCGGGGAGCAGGCUACCGACUACAGGUCCAUUCUGAGCAUUAGUGACGAGGCAGCCAGGGUGCAGGCCCUGAACCAGCACCUCAGCACGCGUAGCUAUGUCCAGGGGUACUCACUGUCCCAGGCAGACAUGGACGUGUUCAGGCAGCUCUCGACCCCUCCCGCUGACUCGAGGCUCUUCCACGUGGCCCGGUGGUUCAGGCACAUAGAAGCGCUCCUGGGUGGCCCCCGUGACAAAGGCGAGCCCUGCGGGCUCCAAGCAAGUAAAGGCCGGCGAGUGCAGCCUCAGUGGUCCCCUCCAGCUGGGACUGAGCCAUGCAAGCUCCGCCUAUACAACAGCCUCACACGGAACAAGGAUGUGUUCAUACCUCAAGAUGGGAAAAAGGUGACAUGGUACUGCUGUGGGCCGACCGUGUACGAUGCAUCUCACAUGGGACACGCCAGAUCCUACAUCUCUUUUGAUAUCUUGAGAAGAGUGUUAAAGGAUUAUUUCCAGUAUGACAUCUUUUACUGUAUGAACAUCACAGACAUUGAUGAUAAGAUCAUCAGGAGGGCCCGACAGAACUAUCUGUUUGAGCAGUAUCGGAAUCAGAAGCCCCUGGCCACCCAGCUCCUGGAGGAUGUUCACGCUGCCCUGAAGCCGUUUACAGUGAAGUUACAUGAGACCACGGAUCCAGACAAGAGGCAGAUGCUAGAGCGGAUCCAGCAUGCGGUGGAGCUGGCCACAGAGCCCCUUGAGCGAGCUGUGCACGCCAGCCUUGUCAGGGAGGAAGUGGACAGUCUUGCCCAGGUAUUGAUGGAAGAGGCCAAGGACUUGCUUUCUGACUGGUUAGAUUCCACAUGCGGCAGCGAGGUGACUGACAAUUCCAUUUUCUCCAAACUACCCAAGUUCUGGGAAGAAGAAUUCCACAAAGAUAUGGAAGCACUGAACGUUCUCCCUCCUGAUGUCUUAACCCGGGUCAGCGAGUAUGUGCCAGAAAUUGUGGACUUUGUCCAAAAGAUUGUGGACAACGGUUAUGGCUAUGUGUCAAAUGGGUCUGUCUACUUUGACACAGUGAAGUUUGCUGCCAGUGAGAAACACUCCUAUGGGAAGCUGGUCCCCGAAGCUGUUGGGGACCAGAAAGCUCUUCAGGAAGGGGAAGGUGACCUGAGCAUCUCUGCAGACCGCCUGAGUGAGAAGCACUCCCCCAAUGACUUUGCCCUGUGGAAGACCUCCAAGCCAGGAGAGCCAUCCUGGCCAUGCCCCUGGGGGAAGGGUCGUCCAGGAUGGCACAUCGAGUGCUCUGCCAUGGCUGGCACACUCCUCGGGGCCUCCAUGGACAUUCACGGGGGAGGAUUCGACCUCCGGUUCCCACAUCAUGACAAUGAGCUGGCACAGUCAGAGGCCUAUUUUGAAAAUGAUUGUUGGGUGAGGUACUUCCUACAUACAGGUCACCUGACAAUCGCAGGCUGUAAGAUGUCAAAAUCACUAAAAAACUUCAUCACCAUCAAAGAUGCCUUGAAGAAGCAUUCAGCACGGCAGCUGCGGCUAGCCUUCCUCAUGCACUCCUGGAAGGACACACUGGACUACUCGAGUAACACCAUGGAGUCAGCACUACAGUACGAGAAGUUCAUGAACGAGUUUUUCCUAAAUGUGAAAGACAUCCUUCGAGCUCCUGUGGACAUCGCCGGGCAGUUUGAGAAGUGGGAAGAUGAAGAGGCAGAGCUGAAUAAGAACUUUUAUGACAAGAAGAUGGCAGUACACAAAGCCCUCUGUGAUAAUGUUGACACCCGCACUGUCAUGGAGGAAAUGCGGGCCCUGGUCAGUCAGUGCAACCUCUAUAUGGCGGCCCGCAAGGCUGUGAGGAGGAGGCCCAACCGGGCUCUGCUAGAGAGCAUUGCUCUGUACCUCACCCAUAUGCUAAAGAUCUUUGGGGCCAUCAAAGAGGAAAGUUCCCUGGGGUUCCCCGUUGGAGGGCCUGGGACCAGCCUAAAUCUCGAGUCCACAGUCAUGCCCUACCUGCAGGUGCUGUCAGAAUUCAGGGAAGGUGUGCGGAAGAUUGCCCGGGAAAAAAAAGUCCCUGAGGUUCUGCAGCUCAGUGAUACCCUCCGAGAUGACAUCCUGCCCGAGCUCGGGGUGCGGUUUGAGGACCAUGAAGGACUGCCCACAGUGGUGAAAUUGGUGGACAAAGACACCUUACUGAAAGAGAGGGAAGAAAAGAAAAGGGUUGAAGAGGAGAAGAGGAGGAAGAAGGAGGAAGCAGCCAGAAGAAAACAAGAGCAAGAGGCAGCGAAGCUGGCCAAGAUGAAGAUUCCACCCAGUGAAAUGUUCUUGUCAGAAAGCGACAAGUAUUCCAAGUUUGAUGAAAAUGGGCUGCCUACACAUGACACGGAGGGCAAGGAGCUGAGCAAGGGGCAGGCCAAAAAGCUGAGAAAGCUGUUCGAAGCACAGGAGAAGCUCCACAAGGAUUAUUUGCAGAUGGUUCAGAAUGGAAGCCUUCAGUGAAGAGGCACAAGGCCAUAUCCCAAGUCUGGCCAUUCUGGACUGAGGACCUCUGCCUGGUGACGACAUCCUAUACUCCCGUCAUGUUUACAGCUGUCCUUGGAUCCUAAACUGAGAGCCAUGUUCAUACAGGUGCAUGUCGUCAGCACUCUGAGACACUUUAAUAAAUUCUUCUGAA